AACAGGCAGAAAGCCGGAAAAAUAAAUCAAAAAAAUCAAAUGUUUUGGCGCCGCGCUUGCAAAUGUCAAAUGAUAAUGUAAUUAAAUACUAUUACAUAAACAUGUCAUGUACAGAAAAUGAAGAACUAUUGUUUCCAUUGACAGACUACUUUGAAGAUACAUGGAUCAGCAGACCAAAUAGACGUAGAACUCGACGCCCACCUACAUUUAGUUUAGCACUGUGGAAUCAAUACGACGCAACACUUGCAGAUUUGCCAAAAACAAACAACUCCGUCGAAGGAUGGCACAGAGCAUUUUCGUCAUUGUUAGGUGCAUCUCAUCCAACAAUAUGGCGAUUAAUAGACGUAAUAAAAAAAAGAACAAGGGUUAACGGAAAUAAAAAUCAAUCAAUUAAUAGCAGGGCAAGAACAGGUAGCUAAAAAGAAAAAAAUAUACGAAGACAACCACACGGAUUAAAAAAAUUGUAAAUUCUUACC